AUGGACGUUGUGGAAGGGAUGAACAUGGAGCAGAGAGAUUGGACUAACGUUCCAGAGGAGCUUUUGACCUUGAUCUUGUCACAUCUAUUUCUGGACGAUGCCAGGCGUUUCCGAAACGUGUGUAGAACAUGGAAAUCGGUCCCUGAUCCCAUCGAACAAUCCCCAAUCCGAUUCCCGGUGCCUCAGUCGCAGUGGCUCAUGCAUAAAGAUUUAAGCCGGGGGACAUGCAAAUUCAGCCAUCCAGUUUAUAGAGAUGCAUACUGCCUCGGUUCCCCUGAAUUGUCUGGGCAUUCACAGCCAUCUCACCAGCCUCCUCCUGGUGGUGAUACAGUUAUUUCUUCUGUGCUACGUUUUUCCAAGGGGGGUUGGUUGCUAAUGUCGAAAGGGCGCUUCUCGGUAUUCUUUUACAAUCCAUUCACCAAAGCAAAGAUGUAUUUGCCACUUGUACCUGAUCCUGAGCGUUACGUCUUAAGAGUUAUAACGUUUCUGUCAACACCAGCAUCUCCGGACUGCUUGGUCUUUGGUUUAUCGGCCUUGUUUUACAGGCAUGUGGCGAUUUCAAUCAUUCGUCGUGGAGAAAAACAUUGGAACUUCUACAGGUUCGAAAACAAUCUGCCCAUCAUUCCAUCUUACUGCAAUCCAGUUUUCCACAAGGGCAUGUUUUAUUGCUUGGGUGAAGGAGGGAAUUUGGGAGUUUUCAGUCCCGAGGACAAUCAGUGGACUGUUCUUGUCAAACCCCAGAAAAUCUAUAAAGGAGGCCAUGAAAGAUAUCUACUUGAGAUUGAUGGGGAGCUCAUCUCCGUGUUUGUCCGGCGGCUGGGUUCACAGAUUUCUGUUUUUAGGUUGGACGAGACAAAGAUGGCUUGGGAAGAGGUAUCUGAUUUGGGUGAUAAUAUGGUGUUUAUUAGCCCCACAAAUUCCUUUUCAAGAAAAAAAGUCAUAGAAGGAAUGCAAAAUAAGAUCUAUUUUUCAAGGUUGCACAAAGGGUGUUGUGUGUUUUAUUCACUCGACACUAAAAAGUUUCACACAUUGCUGACGGAUUUCUCGAGUGCAAGUCUAUAUAAUACUCCGGAGCAAUUGCGUAGCUGUUGGAUUGAGCCAAGUGCAGAUCAUCACAUUACUGAAGAACAACUCAACUGGUAG